CCAUGGAUCAAAAAGUUAGACUUAUGAUUCCACAUAAAAUGUAAUUCCUUAUAAAAUGUUUAAUAAUUGAUAAUUUUAUGUUAAGGUUAUGAUACAUAAUUGAAACCUUUUGUACCUCCAGUGUGAGGAGACCAAACAUCUUUGUGGGAAGAGUGAAAGGAUCUUCAAUGUACCAGAAGUGGUAUUUUGAAGUAACAGUGGACCAUGUUGAACAGACAACCCAUAUGAUGCCACGCCUUAGGAUUGGCUGGGCAAACACUGCUGGGUAUAUACCCUACCCAGGUGGCGGUGAGAAAUGGGGUGGCAAUGGUACUGGUGAUGACUUGUAUUCCUAUGGAUUUGAUGGAGGAAGCCUUUGGAUGGGUGGCCGAAAUACUGUUGUGAUACCAGAAGCAACAGAACCUUACAUCAGGAAAGGUGAUGAUGUGAUUGGCUGUGCACUGGAUUUGACAGUUCCAGUCAUAACAUUCACAUUCAAUGGACGCGUUGUGAAAGGGUCAUUCGGGAAUUUUAACUUGGAUGAUGGCAUGUUCUUUCCAGUAAUUAGCUGCUCUAUCCAAACUUAGCUGCCGAUUUCUUCUCGGUGGUGACCACGGCCGCUCGAAGUACUUUCCUCCUGAGGAAUUCUCGCCACUGGUUGAAAGUUUACUGCCCCAGCAAGUGUUGUCAAUUGAUCCAUGCUUUUACUUUGGAAACCUUAAUAAGGUUGUUCUUUCUGGACCUUGGCCUGUGGAAGAUGAUACUGCCUUUGUACCAACACCCGUUGACACUACAGCUGUAACACUUCCAACUUACGUGGAGAGUAUAAGAGACCGUCUAGCAGAAAACAUUCAUGAAAUGUGGGCUACGAACAACAUUGAAGCUGGCUGGCAAUAUGGCGAAAGACGAGAUGGCGUGAGAAAGAUCCAUCCGUGUCUCAUUCAGUUUGAGAGGUUGCCACCAGCUGAGAAACGUUAUGACUCCCAACUUGCUGUACAGACACUGAAAACUGUAAUGGCUUUGGGCUACUACUUAACGAUGGAUAAGCCUCCAUCUCGCAUCAAGUCUGUUCGUCUUCCAAAUGAACCAUUUCUACAGUCAAAUGGCUACAAGCCAGCUCCAUUGGAUCUUAGUGCUAUAGCUCUCACUCCUAAGAUGGAGGAAUUGGUGGAUCAACUGGCAGAAAAUACCCGUAAUCUGUGGGCAAAGGAACGAAUUCUGCAGGGGUGGACGUAUGGCUUGAAUGAGGAUUCUGAUAUGAAGAGGAGUCCACAUUUGGUUCCUUACAGUAAAGUGGAUGAUGCUAUCAAGAAAGCAAAUCGGGACACAGCAAGUGAGACUGUUCGAACAUUGCUGGCCUACGGAUACAACCUUGAUCCUCCAACUGGAGAGCAACUUGAAGCCUUACUUGCUGAAGCAGCAAAAAGUAAGCAUAUGGCAUUCAGAACAUACAGAGUACAGAAGAAUUAUGCAGUCAGUACAGGAAAAUGGUACUUUGAAUUUGAGAUUAUGACUGCAGGCCCAAUGCGCGUUGGUUGGGCACAUGCUGAUUGCAGCCCUGGAUGUCAGCUUGGCAGUGAUGAAUACACUUGGGCAUUUGAUGGCUAUAAUGCCAUCAAGAUACACUUUGGUGCUAGUGAUCCAUUUGGCAGGCAAUAUCAAGUAGGAGAUGUAGUGGGCUGUUUCCUAGACUUGUUCGAUAGAACUAUCAGUAAGUAAAUAAAUGUCUUGUGUUAGGGACCCGAUGUGGUGUGUGGGUUGCACGCAGCCCAUAUGAAUCAUUUAACAUUAUUAACUAGGUAACUGCAUUUCUAAUAGAAUGUGACUUUCAUGGAUAAUUCAAGGUAUAUUAGAGGUGAUCCGUAUGGAUAUAAAUAUGUAUGCUUGCAAUGUGAAUUUUUUGUUAUUAUAAUAACAAACGUAAGUAUCUGCGUAAUUGAGCUAAACGGUGCCUGAGUUUUGAAUAUGCCUUGUUUCAUGUUUUAGUUUAUAUUAUAAUUUCUAUUUUAGUAUGCAUUGCUGUUCGCCACGGUGGUCUAGCGGAUA